GAAUCAAAUCAAAAUACCGUAUUCAGCAUAUUACAUUGAUCCUGUACAAUUUGUGAUGUCUAAAUUUUUUGUUCAAAAUGAAGAGAGAUUUAACUGACCCUGAAACACAAAAAGCGGGAAGUGUAUCGUUGAUAAUUUUACCAGAUUCAAAAUUAAAAUGCCCGUGUUCACCGCUAACAUACCAGGAGUUCUUAAAAUUGGAGACAGAAUAGAAAUAGGCGGAAAAAUAAAAGAAAAUGCAAGAAAAAUGUCAGUUAAUCUAUGUGCUCAGGAGGGCGAAGAGCCGAAAGAUGUAGUUCUCCAUUUCGACGUUCGCUUCCACAGAGACAACAUCAUAUCACUCUCCAGAAAAAAUGGAGUUUGGAUAGGAAGUGGCAACUUAGACACCAACUAUAACAUGUUCGUUCCUGGAACAGUUUUUCGGAUCGUUUUCGAAGUAAAGGAUACAGACGUUAUAACUAUCUACUGCCAAGGGAAGUUUCAUUCGAACUUCUUGCCGAAGAUUCCAUUAAACAUGGCAAAGUUUCUGGUGGCUUGGGCUGAUGUGGAACGGAUAACUCACUGCUACUUCCGCUUUGCAGGGCUUGGUGAAGGAGACGAUGAAGACAUUCGCCAUUCGCCACGCCCUGGCAUACAGCCAAUUCCAGGAAACGAUGCAAAAAGAUGCACCAAAAUGAAAAAACAGACUGCUCCAGAUUCCAUUGUAGAAUCUAAUGAAAGUUCUGAUGAUGACCACAAGGCGCACACGAGGGAAGCUCACAUUGACAGAUACAACAUCUACGACACGCUAAUGUGCCAACGGCCCACCAUCAAAAUGGGAUCACCACAGUCACUAAAAUGUAAAAAAGGCUUCCUUGGGCGCGGAAAACCCGAACAUAAGCAUUAUAAACAUUCUGACUCUGAAAGAGUAGAAUCAGAUCUAUCGGAGGGUGCGUCCAGAAAUGAUUACUCCUCCGUAGGAGAAUCAGAGGAAGCCAUAGUCGAUGCGAAGAAACGAAUGAGGCGAGGCAAAUUCGCGCCAUUUUCACAUGUCGUCAAUUUGAUGGAAAGAAGUCGCAGAAAGAGCUGAUGUUAUUAGCGUUACUAUAUCUAUUGACGAUAAAACAGAUGAAGUACCCAACGAAGUUACAAUAAAAUAUGAUUACGUAUCAAUUUUAGUUACAUUUUAUUCAAUAAAAUAUA